AUGUCAACUGUCGAAGCAUACAACGACAUCCUUGCUCCGAUAACAUUUCUGUCCAAAAUAAUUGGCGUUGAAAUUUGGAAUGUAGAAAGCAUUUUUUCUCCAAUGUCGUAUUUCACUAUGAUUAACAUGGUGCUUUACAAUCUAUGCGCUUGCUACACUGUGAGGAAGUAUUCCGAUGACCCGCUGAAAAUGCUGCAGAUUGUCGUUCUGUUUGGAAUAGCGUCUCAGUUGAUUUACAAAUUUUUUAUGGCUAUUGAGAAAAAAGCAUCGUUGAGAGCCCUGUUUGAUGAAACAAAGGAGAACAUUUACUGUGCUUUUGAAAAAGGGACUCGCAAGGAAAAAGCUGCAAUCGAAAAGACAUCUCGUUAUUUGAGUAUCGGCUGGAAAAUAUUGUCUGUAUUAUAUAUUUCAUCGCUCUUCGUUUUUGCUAUCUGGCCUGUAUAUGUAUAUUACACCAAAAAUGAAUUGGUCCCGCUAUUUUUCUACGAAAUUCCAUACGUUAAUAUAGAUGAAAAAACUGGAUACACACUUACAAUGCUGUUUCACGUUGAUAUUUAUAUAUUAGGACUAGUGGGAGCAGUUCUGGCAGAUUACGGAUUUAUUUUCGUUGUAUUCCAUUCUAUGCUCUUUGUUGACUUAUUAGUAAUGAAUCUGACACAAUUAGAUGACAUGUUGAUUUCCGAAAACCGCGAAGCAAAUCUGAAUGCAAUAGCAGAGCAAUGGAAAAUCUGUAUGAAAUAUCAUCAAAUCACUACCGAAUUCCUAAAUACUAUUGAGGCAGUAUUUGGUCUCUCCUGUUUGGUGCAAGUUUUUAGUUGCAUUUUCACAAUGUGUGAUUCAAUGGUAAUUUUAGUUUUGACGGACUGGUACGCGGCAUACUGCUUUUUGUUAGUAGUAUUUUUCGAACUUUCUAUUUAUUUUAUUUUGGGAAAUUUAGUUGAGCUUAAAAUUGAGUCGCUUUAUGAAAAUGUAACUUCUUUAUCGUGGUAUCGAUUGAGUUUGUCACAGCAAAAAGAGUUUUUAUUCGUAAUGGCUCGUCAGCAAAGGCCAAUGAUAUUAACUAUUUUCGGAUUUGCUCCACUGAAUUUCGAAAGCUAUAUGACUGUAUUGCGAGCUCUAUAUCAAUUUUUCAUCAUUAUAUUGCAGUCUUUGGCAUAA